AUGGUCUCUUCUCCGGACUGGGUGAAAAAGCUGACCCCAGCUGGCCCUCAGGGCUCGGAACUCCUCAAGCAUGAGAGAGGUCAGUCCAAUAUCUCCGUUGAUAAGCUGGCAGAGCUGCUGCAUACCAAAGAAGUGCUUGAGAGACAGGACCGUAUCCUUUCCCUCAUCCAGCAUGAAGAAGUCUUUGAUAAGUCCCAGAACCACUCUCUUGGACGAGUUGAACGGGUCAAGAAAGCGCUUGCACGGGCAAAACGUCUAGAGCAGCUGAAGAGGCAGCAUAACUGGUCCGAGGAUGACUUUAUCAUGGCCAACAACCUGAUCAGUGAACCAACUCCAUACGGCCUCCAUGCAUCCAUGUUCCUGGUUACCCUCCGAAAUCAAGGCACUCCGGAGCAGCACAAGCUCUUCUUGGAGCCAGCUGAGAGAUAUGAAAUCAUUGGAUGCUACGCUCAGACUGAGCUUGCCCAUGGCUCAAACGUCAGAGGCCUCGAGACCACUGCUACCUGGAAUCCAGAGGACAAGACCUUCACUAUUCACUCCCCGUCCCUGACUGCGGCGAAGUGGUGGAUUGGUUCACUUGGAAGAACUGCCAACCAUGCAGUUGUCAUGGCCCAGCUUUAUAUCAACGGGAAGAACUAUGGACCUCAUCCAUUCGUGGUUCAGAUUCGAGAUCUCAAGACUCAUGAGCCACUUGAGAACGUCCACGUUGGUGACAUUGGCCCUAAGUUCGGCUACAACACCAUGGACAAUGGAUUCCUGCUCUUCAACAAAGUCAAGAUCCCCCAUAUCAACAUGUUGGCUCGCUUCUCCGGCGUCGACCCCAAUACCAACAAAUAUGUUCGACCUGCCUCCCCAUCCCUGAUCUACGGCACACUCACCUGGGUCCGAUCCACCAUUGUCCUUCAAUCUGGCGGUGUCCUUGCCCGCGGUGUUACCAUUGCUACUAGAUACUGCGCUGUCCGAAGACAGUUCCAGGACCGUGAUGCUCCUGCAAACGCACCUGGCGAGAACCAGGUCCUCGACUACAAGAUGGUACAGAUUCGCCUGUUCCCCUUGUUGGCCGCCACCUUCGCCCUACACUUUAGCGGCCGUGGCAUGAUGGCACUAUACAAUCACAACCAGGCCAUCAUGAAGAAGUCUGCCAGCAACCAGGCAAGCGGCAGGGGCGCUGGUCCCGAGGAGCUGAACCCUGGUGCCGAUCUCUUGGCCGAUCUCCAUGCUACUUCUUGUGGUCUUAAGGCCCUAGCAAGCACCAUUGCUGCUGAAGGUUUGGAAGUUUGCCGUCGUGCAUGUGGUGGUCAUGGAUACAGCAGCCAUAGCGGCAUUGGACCCUGGUACUCUGACUACUUGCCCAACACUACCUGGGAAGGUGACAACUACAUGCUGACCCAGCAGGUUGCCCGCUAUCUCCUUAAAUCUGCCCGAUCCGUCUUUGUCGGCAAACCAGCCAACAACGAUACCUGUGCUAUCCUUCAAUCCUAUCUCUCACGCCGCGAGACCGGUGCCGCUUUCGACAUUCUCGAAAACGACGCUGACAUUGUCGCCGCAUUCGCCUGGAGAGCAGCCUACCUGACCUUCGAGGCCCUUAAGCACCGUGACGUCGAGAAGCGAUCCUGGAACAGCCUCCUUGUUGACUUCUGGAGACUCUCCACCGCUCACUCUCAGUACCUUGUUGUCAAGAACUUCUACGAAGCUGUCUUCCCAUCUGGCUCUUCUGCCGAGGUUGCUGCCUCCCUAGGAAUUGACGAGCCAACAUUGGACAUCCUUCGAAAACUCUUCCGUCUUCACUCCCUACAUACCCUCGAGCGUGAAUCGGCUGACUUCUUCACCUCCGGAGCCGUCACCACAAGACAGAUUAUCCUUACCCGCACUAAGGCUGUCAUGAGGCUGCUCGACGAAAUCCGUCCUCAUGCCGUCCGCCUCGUUGAUUCGUGGAAGUUCCCUGACUGGCAGCUUGAUAGCUCCCUCGGCAGAUUUGACGGAAAGGUUUACGAGGAUCUGUUCCGCCGCGCAAGUGAAGAGAACCCUCUUAACGAGCUAACCUUCGAUCCUUACCCAAUGAGCAACACCUUGGUGAAGAAUGAGAAAAGCAAGCUUUAA